UCCGCUACGAGUCGCCACUAUCUUAUGAAGAAUUAUAGUACGACUCAACGAUAAAGUCAGGCAUUAUUCUUGAUUAUUCUUAAAUAGUAGAUUCAACAAUGAGUCGGCCUUUCUGUUUAUUCUUCAAUAGUAUGACCGGCUUCUAUGUGUAUAAACAUAUUCUAAAUUACUAGUAAUUUAUUUAAUAUCAAGUGCUUAUAAAAAAAUAUUAAAAAUUUAUAGAUAAUUUUUUAUAUUUUUAAGAUUUAAUAGAUGGUACAAAGUUAAUGUUUUUGUUUAGUUAGUGAAUUCUUGUUUUCCACAUACUGUUUUAAGGUUAUACUAGUAAAAAUUGAAUCAAGUUUUUUAUGUUUAACUCAAUAAAAUAUGAACAAAUCUAUGAAAUAUAUUUAAGAUUAGUAAUAAUGAUUCGAAUUAUAACAGAUUACGCAGAGAAUUUGCAUGAGAAAUAUUACCAAUUAUAUAAUUAUUAUUAAUACAAAACUGUGUUUGUGAUAAAGUUAUAGUAUAAUUAUGUCAAGGAAAAAAAGGAAUCGUGCUUGGGGAGAAAAUGGCUUCGAGGAUUGGGGUGGUUAUAUGGCUGCUAAGAAAGCUAAAUUGGAGGAACAAUUUUGUAAUAAAGCCAGUAAAGACUUUAAAGAAUCGUCAAAAUUAUUUGAGGGAAUUGCAAUAUUUGUAAAUGGUUAUACAGAUCCAACAUCCGAUGAGCUCAGACGUCUGAUGAUGAUGCAUGGGGGCAUAUAUCAUCACUAUAUGCGCCCUAAAAUCACAACUCAUAUUAUAGCAUCCAAUCUACCACAUUCGAAAAUAAUGUCAUACAGAAAAAGCCAGAAUCCAAUUCCUAUAUGCAAACCACAGUGGAUUACCGAUAGUAUAGCGGCUGGAAAAAUCUUGAGCUUUCAGAAUUACUUGCUUUACUCUAACGCUAAUGCACAACCUCAAUUGGCAUAUAAAUUAAAUAUUAAGAAGGGCAAAUAUAAUAUUGAGUCAGCUACGUGUGAUAAAACAGAAAUUUCAACAAAUACUGUUGACAAUGAAAAUGAUACAAAUGGUACAAAUGUAUUGAAUCAAGAUACAAAUGAUGGUACUCGGAAACCUGCAAAAAUCAAUAUUCCUCAAUCUUCAAGUGCAAGAAUAAAUGCACAAUCUACAAGAGACACGGAAUUUCUAUCAGCGUUUUACAGUAACUCCAGAUUGCAUUACAUCGCCACCAUGGGGACUACUUUUAAAGAUUACGUCAACGAGUUAAGAGACAAAAGCAACGGGACGUUCCUUGGGCUUGAACGUUUAAUAAAAUCGAAAGGAGUCAGGAGUGCUUUGUCUUCAGCUGGUCGCGAAUCGGACUCCGAAGAUGACACACUCGGUUUCGACAAUAAAAUUGGCAACAAAAAGAAAUCUGUUAUUAUGCAUAUCGAUAUGGACUGCUUCUUUGUGUCCGUGGGUAUAAGAAAUAGGCCAGAGUUGCAAGGUCUACCGGUAGCGGUGACGCACGCGAAGGGUAACGCGCACUCCGCGAAUUACGACGGCAAAGAGGAGUUUGGAUCGAAGUCAGAAGUAGCCUCAUGCUCGUACGCGGCGAGAAAGGCAGGUGUGAAGAAUGGCAUGUUCCUGGGAGAGGCGCUGAAGAUGUGCCCGAACCUGAAGACCAUACAAUACGAUUUUGAAGGAUACAAGGAAGUGUCUUACGCUUUGUACGACACGGUGGCGUCCUACACGCUGAAUAUCGAAGCGGUGAGCUGCGACGAGAUGUACGCAGAUUGCACGAAGGUGCUCGGAACGUCCGGACUCUCGCCGUUAGAGUUCGCGACCGUAAUCAGAGAAGAAAUCAAGCGAAAAACAGGCUGCCCGGUUUCUACCGGCUUCGGCAGCAACAAGCUGCAGGCGAGAUUAGCGACACGGAGAGCUAAACCCGAUAAUCAAUUCUAUUUAAGCAAUCAAAACGCGGAGUCAUAUAUCCGGACUCUCAACGUAAGAGAUCUGCCUGGCGUUGGUGGAACAACGACACACAAGUUACGCGAGAUGAACGUGUGCACAUGUGAGGAAUUGCAGAGUGUUUCGUUAGGAGUUCUGCAGAAGGAGUUCGGCAAGAAAAUGGGCGAGCAGUUAUACAAGAUGUGUCGCGGCCUGGACGAUACGAAAUUAAAUCUAGAGCAUGUGAGGAAAUCGGUAUCGGCUGAAGUGAAUUACGGCAUUAGAUUUCGUAACAACGAGGACGCCGUCGAUUUUUUGGGCAAAUUAUCAACGGAGGUGUGCGGCCGGCUAACGGCGGCUCGCGCGAAGGGCAGAUGCAUCACGCUGAAGCUCAUGAUCAGAGCGGAGGAAGCGCCCAAGGAAGCCGCGAAGUUCAUGGGUCACGGUCUCUGCAACUAUAUCACAAAAUCCAAAAAUCUCAUAGCGGCCGUUGAUGAUGUCAGCAUUAUUAGAAAAGAAGUGAUCAGCAUCUGGAACCAAUUGCAUCUAACGCCCGAAGACAUGAGAGGGAUCGGAAUACAAGUAUCCAGACUGGAGAUAUGCAAAACUAAACAGAAUAAGGGUAGUUUGAAAAGUUUCUUCGGAAAAACGGGGAAGGUACGAACGUGCGACAGUAUACUGGACGGUAAUAGCAAGGCUCAACACGACUCGACUCUCAGCGAGGCAUCCAAAGUGAAUGCUUCUGAAACACCUUCGACUACAGGGUUGUCAUCAGCAACAAAAAAUAUUUUCGAUGCGAAGAUCGAUGAUCCACCUUCAAGAUCGGUACAGUCUUCCGAGUCUGAGCACACAGUGAUUCCACUUGCCGCUCAAGCAAAACCACCGACACUCGUGAUUGAAGCAAAGAAUGAAACAUCGCACGAUUGUAAAGCGAAUGAAAAGAUCACUCACGCGGCUAAAAUAACGAAGCAUCUGUCUGGACAAUCAAGCAAGAAAACUGUACAGAAGCAAACGUCUCAGGAAACUUUCUUCAAACACAUGAAGCCAAAUAGUGGAAAACCGUCCAAAUACGAGAUGCCGCCACGAAUACAAGAUCUCGAUAUGUCCGUGUUGAUCGAAUUGCCCCAAGAUAUACGAAACGAAAUACUCGACGAAUACAAAAGAAACAAGGAGCAAUCUCGAAUUGAUGCAGCAACGGCUACCAAGAGCACAGUCGAUCUACCGAAUGAGGUGAAGGGUAGCUCAAAGGCACAGGAAUCGUGCUCGCAAGUUGAUCCGGAUGUUCUAUCGGAAAUGGGGAAUGACCUGCAUCCAGACGUGCAACGCGACGUACAAAUAUAUUGCGAUAUGAAAAGAGAAACGAACGGGGUGAAUUCGAAGGAAACGAAUAAGGAGGACAAUUUCGAUAAAUUAAUCGAAAAAUCGCAAGAAGCAAGUUCGUCCUCGAGAACCCGAGGUGAUGAUGGCGGGAGUACGAGACGUAUUGUAGAUAAUUCAGAUGAAAAAGGAGCUGCGUGCGGGAUUUCGCGAGGGGAUGUAAUGCCACACGCGAGGGUCCAACCGUGCGCAAAGGACGAUACUGAUAAAACAGCGUCCACGACACGUCAAACAAGUCGGAUUAAGAUUUCACGCAAUAAUGCUGCGGUGGAUAAAGCCGAUACCUUUAUUUUACAGAAUUUAAGUAUUUUACAUAACAAUGAGAACGUAGACAAACAUCAGGAAAUGUUGAUCAAUCUUGUGAAUCAUCUCUUUACUCUCCCGUUACAACAGGUAAAGAUGCAAAUACAAACGUGGGUCACUAAGUCUAAUGUCGUAAACGAAGUGGACUUUCUCUCACUUGCAACGUUUCUCAGCAUGCUUCCGCAGAAGAAACGCAUUGCUGAUUUACAUAUCUUGUUGAAAACCAUGCACAGAUGUACAACGAAAACUGGGAACUGCAUUUGGCAUAGGACAUACAGAAGAACGGUGAAACACGUUCAACGUUAUAUGCAGAUCGAGUACAACAGUAAUCUAAUGGUACCGUCGAUCAGAUGCAACGAUUCGAGAUGUAAUAACGGCGAUUGAAUACAAAACUUUAGAUUUUAAUAAAUUAACACACUUUUUUUCUUUACAAUGUGUAGGUCUGAGUGUGUAAUUAAGAAACCUAUUUACAAGCAAACACGAUACUUACCUUUAAAUUUCAAUCAAAUGCCAUUCUUUCUAAAGAAGCCUGUUAAUACACGACUUGUUAAUGCAUGUCUUUGAAAAAGUUUGCUCGAAGGUCAUAUAUAAAUUAGUAAGAAGUCUCCUCCAACCUCGAAUUCGUGUGUUUCGUAAUAUAUAUAUAUAUAUAUAUAUAUAUAUAUAUAUUUUUAAAUAUAUAUUUUGCUUUGUAGUCGCGCGCAGGGAUGGUGAAAAAAUAGAAAGGGGUGAGAUGAGCGUUUACUACUCCCAUUCGGUUGUUCCCGGAGGUUUAGACGUUAGGUCGUACAAAACGCGUGAGAUUCCGGGCACCGUGGAUAUUUCAGUUACCACUUUCUUCACCACCUGCGAGAUAGAGAAAGGAAAGAAAAAUUAUCUAUAUAUGUGUAUAAAGAAUGAAAAUAAUUACAAACAAUUAUUCUUAAUAUGACAGAAAUACUAAACAAGUUUAUGCUAAGUAUAAUAUGUACACAUAAUGUAAUAUAUCUAUAUCUCGAUGUGCUUUGCUAAUAUAUAAUCAGAAAUACCGA